AAAUCUUUUCAAUUUCCAUCCGGCAAAUGAAGAAUGAAAAUUGCCUAGAAAACAUACUUGCCAGUGCAGUAUAUUCAAAGAACACUUUAAGAAGAACACAUCCCAUGAAAGAAGUUUUCUAUGUCUUCAUGGCUCAAUAUAGAUCCUCCCCUACACAGCACUGCUAUAUAUGCUGAUGAAGAAGAACUCUCCCAACACUGUGGGUCAUCUGUCCCUUCAACUCCUCCAGGAAAAGCAACGAAAGAAAGCUUGAGCACUUCUGCAAGUGAAGCAAGUGAAAGCGCGUCUGUAAAACUGAGAGCCACAAAGCCAGGAAGAAGAUGUAAGCCCCUUAGCGAUGGCUCUGACAGCUCGGGAGAAAGUGAGAUACGAAGAAAAGUUCAGUCACCAGAGAGAAUCGGUGCGCGACGGUGUGACACUGUUCCGGCCGGGGCGCCGUCGGGGCUUCCCGAGAGACGGCCGCGGUCAGAGAGGCCCGAGGCGGGAGGCGGCCGUGGCAGCGGUGCACCUGCGGACGGAGGGACCCCGGCCGUGGUGAGGCCGCCCCGUGGGAUAGAAAAGGAAACUCAGAAAAAGGAGACUAUGUCUCGUGGCAAAAGGAAAAAAACAAGCAAUGAAGCUGGAGAUUCAGGUAUUUCUGACAGCGUGCAUAUUUGGUGUCUAGAAGGAAAAAAGAAGAGUGACCUCAUGGAGUUGGAUAUUGUUUUGUCUGCAUGUGAGAAAGCAAUCCGGGAGCAUAAAGAAAGAAUAGAAUCUAAAAUUUGUAAAGAAGCCAUCAAUAAAUUUCAUUGUAAUAUUAAAGAAGAACUCAUCAAAAUGGUGAUUGCAGAUAUCAAGAAGAAAAGGCAGCGUUUGGUUGAAGUCCAGGAUGAACUGCUUCGGUAAGAUAGCAACAGUCCUGUGACAGAACAUACCUCAAGGAACCCAAGUUAAUACUUGCUGCUGUGCCAUACGAAAACUCCAGGUUAUCUUUGAAUUUGGAUGCUCAGUGAGGGCAGGUUAUGCUACGUCGCUGUAGCCCCCAUUAGCAAGGGAGGAUUUGCCGCUGAUGUCCCGACUUCUCUCAGCUGUGGCCUGAGAGGCACCCCAAUUAAAUUCAUGCAUAAAUUAAUGCAGUUAGACUGCCUGGCUUUGAAUCCAGACUCGGCCCCUCACUGCCCCUGCAACUUUAACCAAGUCACUUAACCUGUUAAUAACUCCGUUCCCUCUUUAGUAUAAAGGCGUAAUGCUAUCUAACAGACCAUCGGGUGUUGUGAGAAGUGCUUCAUGGGGAUGGCACAUGGUUAAGUGCUGUAUAAAUGUUGGCAGUUUGUGUUGGUGAAACACAAACACCGUGGGUGGCACUCAUGUGAAUCCACAUUCCCAGAGGCUGGACCAGACGGUCCCAGAACUGGCCAGCCGGGGUCUGGUUGCAAAGACUGGAGCCCACAGCAGCCUGCAAGUGUUUCUUCCUGCUCUUCUGUACGUGUUGCGUGAGCUGGGAGUGUGAUAGUAAAGCAGUACCAGGGAGGCUGUCUGCUCUGAAGGUGUACGACAGCUGAGAAAGGCCGGUAGAAAAGACAGUGAAGCACAAAGUACUGUCGCAGGAGUUGAAGAGGGAGAAUUGGUUGUCUAGUCCUUUGGUUUCCAAAUUUAGACUACAGACAGGUGCUGGCCCAGGCUACAGCUAAGAACAGCCAAGGUAAUACGACAGCCUACAUCUAGCAGUCCCCUGGGUGCGGGGCGCUUUCCUGAUUUCACCCAUUGAUCGUCCCUGUCAUCACUGAGGGAGGUUAUUAUCUCUG